GUCAGAGGUCGCCUAGCCAGCCGCGGAGCGCUUGAUCCCACUGGGAAUGGCAGCCCCGUCUAUGAAAGAAAGGCAGGCUUGCUGGGGAGCCCGAGAUGAGUACUGGAAGUGUUUAGAUGAGAGCACGGACGAUGCUUCUCAGUGCAAGAAGUUAAGAAGCUCCUUUGAAUCGAGUUGCCCCCAACAAUGGAUAAAAUAUUUUGAUAAAAGAAGAGACUACUUAAAAUUCAAAGAAAAAUUUGAAGCAGGACAAUUCCAGCCUUCAAAAACAACCACAAAUUCCUAGAUUGUACCUGAACUUUCCACAGAACUUGACUGCACAUACAAAGCCCUGUUAACCUUAAGGACAAUAGUAAU